AUGAUAAUAUGUUUUAAAAUUUAUGAAAUAGCGUGCUCUUUUGUAAAAAUCAUUCGAGAAAGACCUUUUUCAAAUAUAUUCACACAACAAUCUGAAAAUUAUAGUUAGUAGAAGCUAGCAAUCUAGGCUAAAAGUAUAAGCAAAGUUCCAAAAACAGCUUGGGAUGGAUUAGAGUUUAAUAUAUUGUUAGAUUACGAAUUGCUAAUAUUUUAUGUAGAUUUUUAAGUUGAAAUUGAUUAAAAAUAGGGCAUUAACUGCAAAUAGCCGAUUUCUAGAAGAACCAAAAAUAGGAAAUGA